AUGGGGAGACUGCAAGAGCUGCAAGUCCUCCUCCAGAUCUUCCUCCUGGUGGUAGUCCCAAGUUUACAGAUUCUCCCUGGCAGAGAGACGAGUUGGGAAGAAUGCUUCAUUGACCCUGACUAUGAAGAACUGGUGGCUAUUGCCAAAAAUGGACUGGAAACUGGGUGUCGUUCAAAGAAGGUGGUGAUCGUUGGGGCAGGAAUAAGUGGACUCACAGCUGCCAAACUGUUGAAAGAUGCUGGUUGUAAGGUUCUCAUACUGGAAGCCAGUAACCGCUUGGGAGGACGCAUCUUGACCCACAGAGAACAAGAUUGGUAUGUGGAGUUGGGAGCCAUGCGUUUGCCAGGACAUCACAGGCUUGUGCGUGAAUUUAUUAAAAAACUGAAACUGAAACUGAACCCGUUCUAUAAUAGUAAUGACAAGGGCUGGUAUUUCGUAAACAAUGUCAAGGCAAGAGCUGGAGAGGUAGAACGAAACCCUGAUAUCUUGCAAUACCCUGUGCUUCCCACAGAAAGAGGAAAAUCUGCCAGUCAGCUUUAUAAUCAGACACUGGUUAAGGUGACAACAAACUGCAGUGCUCUGAAAGAGAAAUAUGACUCCUUUUCCACCAAGGAGUAUUUGAUUAAAGAAGGAAAUUUAAGUAGAGGAGCCAUUGACAUGAUUGGUGACGUGAUGAAUGAAGAUGGUCUAUUCCACAUGUCAUUUCUUUACUCUGUCAUGGUCUUUUCCACCUUCUCUGAGAAGACUUAUGAUGAGAUCACGGGGGGAUUCGAUCAGCUUCCACAGGCUUUCUACCAGGAUAUUCACAGGAGCAUUACAUUUAACUCCCCAGUAGUGAAGAUACUACAAGACAAUGACCAAGUGAAAGUGUUUUACCGCAGACCACACUCCUCACUCCCCUUAUCUGUGACAGCCGACUAUGUCCUUGUCACAGCCACGGCAAAAGCCACACGGCUCAUUAAAUUUUCUCCACCUCUUUCUGCUAAGAAGACGCAUGCCCUGCGCUCCAUUCACUAUGCAAGAGCCACUAAGAUAUUUUUGAUCUGUUCUGAAAAAUUUUGGCAGAAGGAUGGCAUCUAUAAUGGGAGGUCAAUCACUGAUCGCCCAUCUAGAGUCAUCUACUACCCCAGCCACAAUUUCUCCAGUGGGGCGGCGGUGAUCCUGGCUUCCUACACCUGGGUGGAUGAUGCUGAAUUUUUCAUUCCCCUCGAUGACGAAAAGUGUGUUGAUGUAGUGCUGGAGGACCUGGCAGAAAUCCACCAGGUGCCCAAGAAUUAUAUCCAGAAGAUCUGCAAAAAACACGUGAUCAAGAAAUGGGGCCUGGACAAAUAUACAAUGGGAGGAUAUGUUUCUUUCACCCCGUACCAGUUUGUUGACUACUCUAAAGCUUUGUUUCAGAAUGAAGGGAGGGUCCAUUUUUCAGGAGAACACACCGCCCAGCCUCACGCCUGGAUCGAAACGUCUAUGAAAUCUGCUGUGAGAGCAGCCAGGAACAUCCAUGGUGCUAUAAAUGCAUUGCCCUGGCAACAGGAGAAGAAACUGAAAGAAAAUGAAUUGUAA